UGCACUCUGAGCCGGUCAACACAAACAACCGCAACCAUGACAGACCCCUCCACCCAGGAGUCCUACCCGGUCCCGGACUCGACUGUAGUGGAUGGCACGGUGCGGAACGGCCAGUGCGCCCCGGACGGCUUCAGCAACAACCACCACCAACACCAGAACCACCACCAGCCGCAAGCCAAGAGCCCCGGGCAGUCCGAGCCCUACACCAACGGCCAUGAGAUGAAAAUCACAGACAGCGUGGAGGGAGAAGGUCUCCUGGAGAGCAGCAUGCGCCUGAAGCCCCACGAGGCCCAGAACUACAGGAAGAAGGCGCUCUGGGUGUCCUGGGUCUCCAUCGUGGUCACACUCAUGCUGGCUGUGGCAGCUUUCACUUUAUCAUUCAUGAGACACAGCGCGUCAGCCUUUGGAUUUGCCUUCGAUGCCUCACUGGACGUCAUGUCAUCAUUCAUCGUCCUCUGGCGCUACAGCAAUGCAGCAGCGGUGCACUCUGCACACAGAGAGUACAUAGCGUGUGUAGUUCUUGGGGUCGUGUUUGUUCUCUCGUCCUUGUGCAUCCUUGGAAAGGCAAUCCAUAAUCUGGCAACCAAGAUGCUCCCAGAAGUGGACGACUUCCUCUUCAGCGUGUCCAUAGUGAGCGGGUUCACCUGUAUUCUGCUGGCCGUGGCCAAGUUCAUGCUGGGAAGAGUGCUGACUAGUCGGGCACUUUUCACUGACGCUUUUAACUCUAUGAUUGGAGCUGUCAUGGGAUUUUCAAUUCUGAUCAGUGCCGAGGUCUACAAGCAGCAUCCCGAUGUCUGGUUCCUGGACGGCACCGUCGGAGUUCUCAUGGCACUCCUCAUUUUCGGAUACGGUGUCAAACUCCUGAGGGACAUGGUGCCCCGUGUGAGGCAGACAAGGAACUAUGAACGUUUUGAGUGAGAGUUGUUGACCAAAAGAGCAAUUCUACACACACACACACAAACACACAUCAUACACAUCCUGACUGCCUCCUGUUCUCUUCCCUCAUCUCUGUCUUUCUAGUUACCUAAAAAUACGCUUCUGCAUAACAGAGGGACGUUACACACAUAUGUUCUCAAACACAUGCAUACAUUUUACAAACAUAUGCUGUAUUUACUGUAGAUAGCACAGUCACCUGCAAAUACACACACACACACACACACACACACACACACACACACACACACACACACACACACACACACACACACACACACACACAUAAAUGUCUGAGAGACCUUGAGGGGAAAGGACAUGAUUGAAGACCUUCUCUUGGGAAGUCUUCUUUUUAACUCUUCUUCACUUUUGAUCCAUAAAACCACAAAUACAUAAGAAACACUCGUAGAAUGAGGAAAAGACUCACGAACCAACAAGAGUAAUCUGUUUGUUCGGCCUGUAUAAUACAGUAGGUGCUGCUAAUAUGCUGUAAAGAGACGUAGCUAAACUCCAUCUUGAGCUGCCCACUGAUUUAUUUAUUUAUCCGAUUAUUAUUAUCAUCAGUUAUACUUAAGUACAGCGGCUCCUUUACUGUAACACAAAAGAGAACCAGUCAACACCUCACCAGCCUCCCCCCUUCGAUGCAGCCACUUCAGAUCGUAAUUUGUUCCUGAGAGAAAGAGAGAGGGAGUGAAAAAGAGAGAGAAAGAAAGCGCCUCUGCUGAGUCAGCAGCCCUUUGUCCAAAAGGUGAAAAGCAGCGGUGUCCGCGGUGAGGUCAGCCUCGGUCUGAAACCCCCGGGCCUAAAAUCAACAGGAGUCUCUUAACGACACGUAUUUGCCAGACUAUGGCAGGAAACCUGAUUGCACAAAGCUGACGUUAGUUGGCCUGUUGGUGUUAUAUUGCACAACCUUCUGCACUGUACAGUAUAGUACAAUUAGCAACGUUUUCACCAGUGGUUGCUGCCAGUUUAGCUCAGUGCCCAGAAAGAAAACACCUAACCACAAAAUGAGUUGAGGGUAUUGAGCCUGUUUUGUCUGAGUGACUGUAAUGUUUCCUUGCCACUCAUUGUACAUGCGUAGUCUUUUGAUUUGUUUACAUACACAAACACAUACCAUGGCUAGUUAUUAACUGUUAUCCAUAAUCAAACUAUUUUUUACUCGACACAUACAGUGACAUUACAAAGUUUUACCAGUUAAAAGUAAAUAAUUUGCAAUGUUUUUAUAAGGGUGAGAUGGAAAAAAGCACAUGAAUAUUAAUAUUGCUGUAAAAACCUAUCAGGCUUAGAUAAUUAAUAGAUGAGAAAUCAUAAAAAUAACAUUGGCUAUUAUCCUGUUUGGCAUUUUCUUUAUGUACUUGAUCAAUUCGGGUUAUUUAUUACAUUCAUAUAUAUUAAGGAGGAUGAAACCUCACAUGAAUCUAAGCACAAUAACAAAGAUGAGGCCGCCUGUGGGAAUAUCAUCAUUUACACUGAAUAUCAUUAGCAGAGAUCGUGUUUCCUCCAUGUGACUGCUCUGUUCUGCAUGUUCCCAUUGUUAUCAUUCUUUAUUAUGUGACAUGAACAGAAUGUUAAUACACACAACGCGCUCUGUAAAUAUGUUUAUUACACUGUUCAGGUGCAUCGGUAACAGAAGACACAAAUAGACGUAGCGAUUUAAGGCCAACAUAAACAGGCUUUUUGGAGUAGACAGCUCAUAGUUGCAGUAUGAUCUGUGUUGCAUAUAGUUAAACUUGUUUACUCUAGUGUGCAUAUACUGUAAAUGUUGUUUUACAUAUAACUGUAGAUUAUUGGUGAAAUGAAACGACGAGUUCUAACUGUACGUUUUUUGCACUGUAAGUGGAAACCUCAGAUUGGGUGUAGGUGUGAUCUGUCAGUGCUGUCCAAGGCUCAGCUGUGUUUUGCAAAUUCCUCUAAAAGCACUUUUUAGAAGUUUAUCACAGAGCAAAUCAUGAUUUUAAAUGCUGACAGCGUGUGAAAGUGACGAAAGCCACAGAAAUCCAUAUUAUCUGAUUGAACUUGAGUAACUAGAGACACUUGGUGUCCCAAACUCUCAGUGAGACCCUGAUUUAAACAGAAAUUAAUUGUGCGGAUUGAUGUCCUGUCGAAGGACACUUUUCUAAGAAAAUCGAAUCUAAAUGACCUAUUUCAUUCACAAAUUUGAUUUAAUUUAGUCGACUAAUUUUAUACGAAUGUAAUGAGAAAAAUGUUAUGAUAAAUGAACAGAUGUAAAUAAUGAAAAAAUGCUGUAUUAUCUGCAAAUCUAUUGGAUGAGUUCAUAGCCUCCUCAUUUAUAGUCCAUUAAGUGAAAGUAAACAGUUUGAAGCCUGGUUUCUUCCUGUGAAUGUGAAUUUAUAAUGCUUGUGCGCCCCCUUGUGGUCGUAAGCCACAUGACAAAAGGAGUCCAUUAGUAUUCAGUGCACUGGAAACCAGCGGAGAGUUGAAAUCGAUACCAGGCUGAAGACAGUUACAAGGUCUUGGACAGUGACUCCGAUCGGGCCUACAUCCACUCUACACUGUAAUUAUCAAUUGUGAGUCGACACAUUGGACAAGGUGCAAAAUCCUCGGUGUUGUCUUCAGUUGUAUUGUUUGAAGUCUAAGCCAAAAACUGAAGAUGUGAAGCUCAUACCAGUUCAACUCACCUACAGCACACUGAUUGGUAAUAUCCCCCCCCCGCCUCUCCGAUGCAUAGACGACAAUCUUUACCAUGACUUCUAUAAGCAAAGCACAGUGUUUAUAUGCUGACACCACCACAUAGGCACGCAACAAGCUCAUCCUAACACAGUCUCAGUGACAGUAAGCUUUACUGGCUCUGUCGCCCAUAUGGUAAAACUGUUGUGUUCGGAUAAAGCGGAGACUUUCGAUCUCGGUAACACAAUCCUUUCUACCUCUCUAUCGGCACUUUGCUUUUGUUUUCAGACCACUUCUCUUGUUAUGAUAAAUGCCACAGAAACAUAGCUCUCGCUCCUCAGUGGUGUUGGAAGCUGCUGUGCUCAUUUUAAAUCACUGGAAAAGUACAACAACUGAAAAAGGGAGUACAAGCUGUCUGUAAGCCCAUAAUCACAACAGUUGCAUUUGUAUUUCAUUCAUAGAAAAAAUAAAAAAAUCCCCCCUUUCCCAGGACAUGUUUCAAUGCUCGCACUCCAGCUCACUAAGACUCUUCUAUAUCUGUGAAAAAUUACUCAUGAUUAUUUAUUUUAUUACAUUUUGUUGAAAUAGCUCAGACACAGAUUCUGCAGCUGAAUGACCUUUGUGCCAAAUCCCCGAAACCACACGUCCGCUCCGCUGACGUUUGUGUAAUUUGUAAUCGUAUCGAUGAAUGAACUGGUUAUCAUUAUUGCACCAGUAAAGGCAUCAACAUCACACCCAAUCAUUUCACUUCAUUUAUUGAAAAUCAAUUAUGACAGCAAUACCGAAACCACUUCUCUGUUACCAUAGGCUUUGCAUGGGCUUUUAAAACCCCCUUACAGCUACAGUGGUUACGAAAGCAUUGCAGCCACACACACACACACACAACACACACAUAUGUAACUGAAGUGACAACGAGGCUGACUAUGUAACAGAGUCGUUAUUUAUCUGUUUGUACAUUAAUGAUAUCAGUGGUAUUACAGAGGAUGUAAACACCAUUUAUUUAUUUAAAUGAAUGAUAUUUCUUUGUCAAAGAGCGAAGUUUUAUUGAGUAAUAAAGUUUUAUCCUGCUUA